GGAUUCGUAUUUUUUAUUCUGUGUUUUGUUUAUAUGAGAUGAUAUGUUUGUUGUACAGAUUACUAUAAAAAUUAUAUUAUCUCCUCAUUAGAACUACAAAAAUACUUACUUUUAACAGCUAAUUAAUGUAAUUUUUGUCCGAGCUAUAAGAUGUGGACGACAAAAACAUUUCUUACUAAAACAAAACGCGGCAAUGUUUUGAAGAUUGUUAGGGAGCAUUACUUGCGUGAUGACCUACUAUGCGGCUCGGCUGCGUGUAACGUUUGUCCGCAAAAAGACGAAGACUACGUUUUGGAGGCAAACCCAGAAUCUAUCUGUGCCCUAUUUGACUAUAAUCAUUAUUUAGUGCUUGAUACUAAUGUGGUAUUGCACCAGAUAGAUGUAUUAGAAGAAGAUGCUUUGAAAAAUGUAAUAAUUUUACAAACAGUGCUAGAAGAAGUGAAGCACCAGAAUACUGCAAUAUUUCAAAGAUUACUUGAGAUCAUUGGGAACAAGAAGAGGAAGUUUUACUCCUUUGUUAACGAACAUCAUAAAGAUACAUAUGUGGAACGAAAUCCUGGUGAAAAGCAAAAUGACCGCAAUGACAGAGCUAUUCGCAAAGCUGCGGGGUGGUACUCCUCUCAUCUCUCCAUUAACAAUGUUGCUGGACAGUUCCCGCAGAUAGUCUUGAUGACUGAUGAUGAGAACAACAGGAAAAUCGCUCAAGAAGAGGGUAUUGUGUGCUGUUCAGUAAAGGACUACAUUGAAAAUGUGAAUGGUUUUGUGGGACUAGUAGACAAGCUGUCAAAGAAUGUUAUACCAGAAAGUUGCACUAAAGAUGCCUUGUACCCAGCGCAUUUGACACCGAGUCAGAUCCAUGCAGGCAUAAGGAACGGGAAACUGCACCAAGGGACUUUCCAUGCUUCUAGGGAUAACUUCUUGGAAGGGACAGCUUCUGUUAGUGGGCAAGAGAAACCUGUUCUUUUACAAGGUCAUAUAGGUAUAAACAGAGCGAUAGAUGGAGACAUAGUGGCCAUAGAAAUAUUGCCCAAAGAAGAGUGGAGCAAACCUAGUGACAUAGUUCUUGAAGACAAAGCGGAAGAUCCAGGAGAUUUUCUAGAAGAUUCCACAUUGAUCAAACCUAAGGUUGAUACUGCAGAUGAUGAUAUAACUCCUACGGGGAAAGUUGUUGGGAUUAUCAAGAGGAAGUGGAGACAGUACUGCGGUAUAUUGCUGCCUAGCAAAUUUCCUGGUGCAACGCGUCACUUAUUCACGCCAGCUGAGAAACGUAUACCAAGAGUGCGCAUUGAGACGCGUCAAAGCGACAUACUGGUGUCGCAACGGAUUCUAGUUGCAUUGGACUCCUGGCCUAGGAACAGUCGAUACCCUUUGGGCCAUUUCGUAAGAUCUUUGGGGCGUAUUGGCGACAAGAACGCGGAAAACGAAGUGAUAUUACUGGAACACGACGUUCCUCAUGCGCGGUUCAGCGAAGCCGUGCUUGCUUGCUUGCCGCCUAACGAUUGGACCAUUCCUGAGGAGGAGAUAAAAAAACGCGUGGAUCUCCGUUCGAUAUGCGUUUGCUCGGUCGACCCUCCCGGCUGUACCGAUAUUGAUGACGCUCUGCACGCGCGGGCGCUGCCCACUCUGACCAAAGACGGCCUCCGGAAGUACGACGUGGGAGUCCAUAUCGCUGACGUCACGUACUUCGUCAGACCUAAUACUGCGCUGGAUAAGGAGGCGGCGGCACGAUCGACAACUGUUUAUUUGGUCGAUAAAAGGAUAGAUAUGGUUCCUGAUCUGCUUAGUUCCAAUCUAUGUUCGUUGCGCGGCGGCGAGGAGCGUUUGGCGUUUUCUUGUGUUUGGGAAAUCGAUGAAAACGCCAACGUUUUGUCCACCAAGUUCCACAAAAGUGUCAUAAAGUCUCGUGCCGCGAUGACGUACGAGGAAGCGCAAAUAGCGAUAGACGAGAAAUCGCGCAACGACGAAGUAGCGGCCUCGCUGCGCACUCUCAACGCGCUGGCCAAGAAACUGAAGCAGAAGCGCCUCGACAACGGCGCCUUGCUGCUCGCCUCGCCCGAGAUACGGUUCCAAGUGGACUCUGAAACACACGACCCGGUUGAAGUGCAGGCAAAGAAGAUCGUAGACACGAACUCGAUGGUGGAAGAGUUCAUGUUACUCGCGAACGUGAGCGUUGCAGAGCACUUGGCGGCCGAAUUCCCGCAAUGUGCGCUGUUGCGCAGGCAUCCUGCACCCCCGCCUGCCAACUUCCACACUUUCCUCAAGGCCGCUAGACAACAGGGUUUCGAAUUAGACGUUUCGACGAACAAAGCCUUCUCAAAAUCCCUGAACGAGGCGGUGAUACCCGGCCGGCCGUACUUCAACACGCUGCUGCGUAUAAUGGCGACGCGCUGCAUGCAGCAAGCGGUGUACUUCUCGAGCGGCACCAAGACUCAAGACGAGUUCUAUCACUACGGACUGGCGUGCCCCAUUUAUACGCACUUUACCUCUCCUAUACGAAGAUACGCAGACGUCAUAGUGCACCGGCUGCUGGCCGCGUGCAUCGGCGCAGACGUGACGCACGCAACACUGCUCGACACCAAACACGCGGACGCACUCUGCGACAACCUCAACUACCGGCACCGACAGGCGCAGUACGCCGGCCGCGCGUCUGUGGCGCUCAACACUCACAUCUUGUUCAAGAACCGUGAAGAGAUCGAGGCGGCGGUAGUGCUGGCAGUUAAACGCAACGCGCUGCAAGUGUUGAUUCCCAAGUACGGGCUCGAGGGACCGCUCUAUUUGCCAUCCGAUAAAUUUGUCUACAAUGAAGAGGAAAACGUACAGAUAUGCGGCGGCACCGUACUCAAAACCUUUGACGAACUCACAGUGAGACUGACUCUCGACAGUUCAAAUUUACAACACAGAAAACUAGUUUUCCAACUAGUAACACCGUACAUACCCGGCGUUAGUUACGUUAAAGAGAAAUCGCAGAGUACACAAGAGUCAAUGGAUGUCGAAAUUGUAAAUAUAACGGAGAGUGUCCAAUCGGAGAAAAAGAGAAAAAAGAAAUCUAAAAAUAUAGGUGACACAGAGGGUGAACAAAAGGCAGUAGACGUCGUAAGGCAGUCGACUGUAGAUACUACGGAGAGUGUCCUAUCGGAGAAAAAGAGAGAGAAGAAACCUAAAAAUAAAGAUAGCCAAGAGGAUGAAAAAGAGGCAAUGGACGUCGAAAUUGUAAAUAUAACUGAAAGUGUGUCAAUGGAGAAAAAGAGACAAGAUACAGUAGAUACUAAGAGUAAAAAGAAGAAAUGUAAAAACAAAGACGACUCAGAGGAUAAACAAGAGGCAACAGACGUCGAAAUCGUAGAUAUAACGGGGAGUGACGAUUCGGAGAAGAAGAAAAAGCAGACGGUAGAUACUAAGAGUAAAAAGAAGAAAUCUAAGAAAUAAGACAUUGUAACUAGUUGUAUAGAAAUAAAUAUUGUGUAAGUUA